AUGUCGAUGGGGGUCGUUGUCAUGGCCAACAACACUGGCAGCAACCCUAACAUCAAGGACUACGGCUGGAGCCAAUCUGAGACGAGCACCAUCCUGAGCGCCUUCUUCUGGGGCUAUGUGGUGACGCUGGCUCCUGCAGGAUGGGCGGCGGACAGGUUCAAUUCGAAGAACUUGUUGUCGGCCUCGCUCAUCCUCUCCGGUAUCCUCACCAUGCUCACAGAGGUGGCUGCAGACACUGGCGGUGUGGUGCUCGUCUGUGCGUUCAGAGUAGUCAUGGGUAUCUCUCAGAAGUUUCCAACGCCGUGGGUAUCGAUUUUCACAUCACUACCCGUAUUUGCUCUCAUAGUAGUCACUAUGACACAGAACUGGGGAAUGGACACGCUCUUCACAGAAUUACCAACGUAUUUCAGCAAUUUCCUUGGAUUUGACAUUGCAUCUAACGGGUUACUUUCUGCACUGCCGUACAUCGCUAACAUUGUGCUGAGUGUUGCCUGCAGCUGGAUCGUCAACAGUGUGGAGAAGAAGCAAGUACUCAGCAGGGGGGCCUUAAGAAAGGUGAUCAACUCCAUUGGUCACUGGUUUCCAGCCGCGGCUUUGGUAGCCCUCAGCUUCAUCCCAGUGGAAGACCCAACGGCAGCUGUGAUCUUGCUGACUGCCGCCAUCGGUUUCAAUGGCCUCACCGUCAUGGGUAUGAUGAUGAACAUUAUCGACAUCGCACCGAACUUCUCUGGCCUGAUGAUGGGUGUUACUGACUGUAUCGGGACACUGACGUCCAUCGCUGCACCACUCUACGUGGGGGCUAUAGUCAAGGAGAACACCAUUCAAGAGUGGAGAAUUGUGUUCCUCACGGCAGCAGGAAUGUUGUUUGUGGGCAAUCUGAUUUUCGUUAUUUUCGCUAAAGGCGAAGUUCAACCUUGGAACGAGCCUAACUAUUCGAGAGGAAAGAAAACAGAAACUACAGAAAAGAUUGCUGUGUGA